UUCCACUGAGUGAAAACCAGAGAGGGCCCGUGUACAGACAUUAUCCCCGAGAGGGCCCGUGUACAGACAUUAUCCCCGAGAGGGCCCGUGUACAGACAUUAUCCCCGAGAGGGCCCGUGUACAGACAUUAUUCCGGAGAGGGCCCGUGUACAAACAUUAUCCCGGAGAGGGCCCGUGUACAAACAUUAUCCCCGAGAGGGCCCGUGUACAGACAUUAUCCCGGAGAGGGCCCGUGUACAAACAUUGUCCCCGAGAGGGCCCGUGUACAAACAUUAUCCCCGAGAGGGCCCGUGUACAAACAUUAUCCCGGAGAGGGCCCGUGUACAAACAUUGUCCCCGAGAGGGCCCGUGUACAAACAUUAUCCCGGAGAGGGCCCGUGUACAAACAUUGUCCCCGAGAGGACCCGUGUACAAACAUUAUCCCGGAGAGGGCCUGUGUACAAACAUUGUCCCCGAGAGGGCCUGUGUACAAACAUUGUCCCCGAGAGAUUCUGUUUAAAACAUCUAUCCCGGAGAGAGCCUGUGUCAAACCUUAUCCCGGUGCUACUAGAUCUGCUGAGAUUCCCCAGCAAUUUUUCUUUUUACUUCCGCAAUACUGAACUGCGUGUAAACCCAGAGUUUUGUGUUCAAGUCCCUCGAAUAGGACCAAAAACCAUCUUUAAAAAUGAUGCAGUGCCUCUAGUUUUAUGUCAAAGACAAAUCACAUUCAAGCUUAGAAUAUUGAGAUGUGUUCGAAAGAAGGCACUGAGGAACUGGGACAGCCUCCACCUACACUACCCACGGUGGGAACUAAUCUAACUGACCUCAUGGUUAACAAGAGGAGAUUUACCAUUCGGGAACUAGGAGGCUGCAUGGCCCCCAUCUGGCCAAGUUACUACAGAGACUGCGAGGCUGUGAUUUUUGUGAUCGACGCCGCAAAUCCCACUCAGGUUUCCUCUUCCUGCAUUCAGCUCCUCUCGCUUCUAGCUGCUGAACUGCUCCAACAAAUAUCAGUCCUAAUUCUCUUCAACAAAGUUGAUCUGCCCUGCUCCAUGUCACUAGUGGAAAUGAAAAGCCUGUUCAGGAUGGAUGACAUAAUUGCCUGUGCGAAACAGCACAUUAGCAUGUUGGAAGUUAGUGCGUGGGAUGGCACUGGGCUGGAUGAGGUCUUAAAAUGGAUUUAUUCACACAAGGGCAGAUGCCUACCGUGCCAUAGACAGAACCCUCCAUCCCACUGAGCUGUGAUUACUCACAGCAGAUAGAGAAGAACCCAGAGAGAGAGACUGAUGGAAUAUGACAGUCGACUCAAAGCAAUUCGAAUGGAGGAGAUUCACACUGUCGCCUGGAACUGGAGAUGUAAAUUCUGGACUGGAAUGAGAAGGACUUUGCAAGAGAGUGAUGUGAUUCAAGUUGUUUGAGUUAUGAACAGAAGCGAUGGUGGAAUCAGCAAUACAGUUACGUCGAAGCAGGAUCAAGUGAUCAUCCACACCAGCUUCAUUUUAAACGAUACCAGGCUUUUGUGGUAACACCUUGUGUAACUUGACAAUGUCCUUGUGCAACUCAAAGCACAGCCACAAAAAUCAGUUUGUUCUAAAAGUUCCUCUUAUUAAAAUCAAUUUAAACCUUGCUGUA